AUGGCUGCUGACAUUUCUGAAUCCGGGGGGCAUGAUUGCAAAGGAGACUCCAGGAGCAAUAUCAAGCUAGAUGCAGAUUACCCACUCCGGGUCCUUUACUGCGGAGUGUGUUCAUUACCAACAGAGUACUGUGAAUAUAUGCCUGAUGUUGCUAAAUGUAGACAGUGGUUAGAGAAGAAUUUUCCAAAUGAGUUUGCAAAACUUACAGUAGAAAAUUCACCCAAACAAGAAGCUGGAAUUAGUGAAGGUCAGGGGCCAGCAGGAGAAGAGGAAGAGAAGAAAAAACAAAAGAGAGGUGGAAGGGGUCAAAUAAAACAAAAAAAGAAGACCGUACCACAAAAGGUUACGAUAGCCAAAAUUCCCAGAGCAAAGAAGAAAUAUGUAACAAGAGUGUGUGGCCUUGCAACUUUUGAAAUUGAUCUUAAAGAAGCACAAAGAUUUUUUGCUCAAAAAUUCUCCUGUGGUGCCUCAGUGACAGGGGAGGAUGAGAUCAUCAUUCAGGGAGACUUUACAGACGACAUCAUUGAUGUCAUUCAGGAAAAAUGGCCAGAGGUGGAUGAUGAUAGCAUUGAAGAUCUUGGAGAAGUGAAAAAGUGA